GUGUAAACAACUUUGGUGUUAAACGCGGAGGAAAACAACAGCCCAACAACUCUAAAACAAACUCGCCAGGAGGAAAUGUAUCGCUCGGCAAUUUGAUGUACAUUCCAAGCGUCUCACUUCACGCGCAGUGACAAAUCGCUGCUUGAUUGGUCGGCUGCGCGUCACGUGGAAACGUCAAACAACGGGUAGGCGUGGCUUAUCCCAGCCAUUUUUCUACGAGACGAAGCCCGCGACCGAGAGCGCAUUAUUUACUGCCCUAGACAAGCGAAAAUUAAUGACCAGCUGCAAGCAUGGCCUGUCUCCCCUCAACACAGGACGAAGAUUCGGACUUGUCUUCGUCCCAUAUCGACGGCGGAGAGACAGCGGCAUACGGCUAUGUGUCGGAUCCAUUCUCGCAGCCGCAUCACCUUCAGCAUCAUCUUCCAGGAUACCCAAGGCACCAUCAGGACCCCAAAGUCUGUGACUAUGAGAGAAGCGUCGGCGAUUCCGCGUACGGCGGCGGACAUGGGAAUUACUGGUAUGGCUCUGGCGCUCACAAGUUGCCUUCGUAUCACAACAGCUCGCCCGCUUACGGUGACCCGUCUAGGAUGCCUGCAGUCUACCACUGCGCAGCAAGAAAUUUCGCAGACGAGGCACAACGCACGGAGGACUUCAGCCGCGUGUCGAACGGCAGCGUCUCCCCAGAGUUGUCAUCGCACGGUGAUGAGCUGCCCAAGAGGUCGGAAGAUUCUCAUUCGUCAUCCUCCUCCCGCGCCGUGUUGUUGAACGGCAGCUGCGAAGGCAGCAGAGCCAACAGUGACAGCAUCGACGUCAGCGAUGACGAUAGCGAAGAAAAUGCCAAAGAUCUCAGCGAUGUAAGCGGAGACAGCAGCGUCAAGAGCCGAGCGCUGUACCCCCAUGAUGCAAAGGCCCACUACUCUUCUCACCACCAAGGUAUGGAGAGUUAUUCUCCCAUGAAUGACGUUACGGAUAUAUCUUACAGCUCCUCAGUGGUGGACCUAUCUCGGAGCUACGUAAGUACAAACACUUUUAACGGCGCUCAAAAACCGGGGAUCGCCCUCCACAAAAGUGCCGCCAACAUUUCGUCCGGCAUGGCUAGAAACGAUUCUCCUCUGCAGUGUCAGCUGUACGCACAGAACGGGUUGUCCAUCAGAGACGCACAGAUGCUCGGUGGUCAGCAGAUAAGCACCCCCCGAGUCCUUCAUGACUUUGAGGAGCAGGAGGGCCUAAUGCCCGAAGAGUUGAACCCCGGUGGCCACUACGACGGAGACAUGCGCUACCUGCACCAUGCAGCGGCGCUUCCACAACAGCAGCAUUCCCAGCACCAGCACCACCACCUCAGCGUCCCUGGCUUCGUGGGCAGCCACUUUGAGAACAAGGACUCCAUGGGAGCGCUCGCCCACAUGUCCCCGCUUCAGUAUGACGGGAGCGUCGACGCCACUUAUCAGGCGCUGACCUCUGACCCAACGUACAGACAGGCCAACGCAAUGGAUAUUCAGCAGACGCUGGAUCAGGGCCGGGCAUACAUGAAGACGCUUUCGAAGGAGGGCGACUUCAAGAGUGGAUUAGCUCAAAUAGGUCAUCGGUUUAAUGGAAUGGAUGUUGAAAAAGCACAAGUGGAUGAAGGAAGACCUUUGAUUUAUCCAUGGAUGAAAAAAUCACAAACUGGUAAAAGUACUGCAUGCGUGACAGACUCGAAGAGAAACCGUACAGCGUACACCAGACAGCAGAUCCUGGAGCUGGAAAAAGAGUUCCACUUCAACAGGUAUCUGACAAGACGGAGACGUAUAGAGAUCGCACAUUCCUUGACCUUAUCAGAACGUCAGAUUAAAAUUUGGUUCCAGAACCGGCGGAUGAAGUGGAAGAAGGAACAUAAGCAGCCCAACACGAAGUCACGUCUGCUGGAAGGAUACAAUGAUUGGAUCACGCCAACUGAUACAUGACAUGCCAACUCUGAUUAGACUCGUUCGUUAUUAUCAUUGUCAAAGAACAUCCUGCCAACAUACCUGAUUUUUAUUUGCCCGAUUCAUUUAUGUGGCGGUAUCUCAAAUUGCGUAUUCUGAUGCCGACUCUGCACUUUACUAUGAAUGUUUGAUAUAUAAAUACUCUGCAGAUCAUAAUGUUAUUGUGUUCUUUAGUUACCUGACAAUUUGGUUAGAGAUUAAUGAUGAGAGGACCAUAACAAAGCACGCAUUGAAAUAGGAACCUAUGAAGCUACUACAAGGAGUAUUAUAUAAGUUUCAAUUAGUUUCCGUGACAGUCGGGUGCAAAAAGGUCACGGUACAAGCCUAUGUCAGACGUGAUCUUCCUGUCAAAUGUCCUUGUAUUUGUUCGUAUUUGUUUAUGUUAAUGGUAUAAAUAUUAGUUUUAUCACCAAAUAUUUAGAUUGAUAUUAAGUUUGUGAUGUUUUAUUGCCUUUUUGUGACUUUAAGCAAUUCCUAGGCAGGGUGGACACCACGGUCAAUCGGUGGACAGAGCACUAUAGUUGUAUCUGAAACGUCUCUUGCUGAAAUUCCACAGGAAACAGUGAAAUAUGUACGAAGUGUGGCUGACAAGUUACAACCACCUAAUAAGGGGGCUCGAGUUCAAAUUCCAACUCGAGCAGAGCUUUGUUUGCCAGGCACCUAAAUACAGCAAGGAAACAUUUUCUUAGAUACCCCCUCCCACCCCGCCCCCCACAGGUCCACAAAAGUAAUAGAAUCAUCGCCCUCUGAGCGUGCUAUAAGAUUGAUAGAUGGGCUAUAGAAAUGGAAUUUAACCAAAAAAAAAAGGAAUUUGACUAAUAUUUAAGUCUUGUUGAGGUUGAAACGGCAAUAGGAAAUCUCAAAAGGCUCUAAGCGCCUGGCUCAGACAGUAUUCUAGCAGACCAUUUCAAAAUUCGAUGUGAUGCUCUCACAAAACGGUUAUCAGACCUUUUCACCUUAUGCUGGGGCAAAAUUACUAUCCCGACAAACUUCACGAUGCCACCAUCAUAUCUCUGUACAAAAAGUCAACCAAUCAGACUGCUCCAAUCACCGUGGCAUUACCAUACCGUUAGUAGCGGAAAUGUUCUUGUCAGAAUACUCUUCAUCAUGUUUUAUGAAUUAAUAUACAUUCAAAUAUAUAAAAAAAAAAGCUAUUUUUCAUGCCUUUCAUUUAGUUGAUUUGAAUCUGUGUUCAGAAGUUCAGUUUUAGUCUGUAAUGUCAUAAAUAUUUAUUCCUUUAUACAAAAUCCAUGUUUUUUUUAUAUUUUUGAUGACGGUGGAGAUAGAAAGAAAUGGUGAGUUGUAAUAAAAUAGUUUAAUAAUCUAAAUCCGUAUGUUAUAGUUUUUGUUUAUCUAUUUAUAGACCGUAAUGUGAGUGUGUGUGGAUUGCUUUCUGGGUUUGUAGUACCGAGUCACAGACCUACAUAUAGUAUACCUAACAGUAUACAGAAAUGUGAAAAACUUAUAGAAGCUGAAACAAAGUGUUCUUUUGUAACGUAGUUAUAAGAAGUAAAGUUGUUGUUUUUUUUUUCAACCCUAACCUAACAAAUAAUUUAUUGUUUCGAGUAAAUGAAUAUGGAAAAUAAGAGUAGGUACUCCCGUCUCAUAAUUAUUAUUUUGCAAUCUUUAAAUACAUACUCUACAUCUAGAAAGAUUUAGGUAUUCUAUCUAUUUAAAUAUACAAUUGAAAAUCAUAAGAUGAUUAAAAUCAACAGACUUACAUUAUUUCGAUCUGGGGUUUUCGAAACAUUAUUUCAAUGAAAACUAACAGGAAAAGGCUUUUUAACAUAGAUUUGCGUAAAUAUAUAGUUCUGUGAUUAAUAUUAAUGAUAGCUCAUUCUACUUAAAAUUCGCAAAAUAGGAUAGCAUUAUUUCUAACCUUUGAAAACUAAAGAUAAUUACUUUUCUAAGAAAAUUUCUAUUUGCCUAAAUUCAGGGCGACUUCCCUUACAGCUUGAAAAAGAGUUACGUACAUAAAAAUCUAUAUAUAUAGAUCUGAUGCCUGAUCAUUAUAUGAUAAAAAUAUAUUUCCGUUUUCCGUGUAUAUAUAGGUCAGUGGUUUCUAGUAAUUUGCAUAGAGUUUUGACAAAUAUUCUUUUUUGUCAGUUCAUUAUAGAUUUAAAAAAAAAAUGUAUGAACAUUUUAGUAUCAGCGGUAACAGCCUAUGAAUGUCCAAAGUAUCACUAGACUUUAAACACUGUUCUUAGUGUUAGCUUCAUUAUAUUAUUGUUGUAAAUAUGAAUUCCUAUAAAUGUCUGUAUCCUUAAUUGUUCUUCGUGGCUCACAACGCAAUGUGACUAUCAUGUCUUGAGGUCAACAAAUAAAACGUGGGUGAUAGUUGGAGUGCACUUUUUCUUUUGUAUAUUAAUAAAAUGGUUUGAGUAUUUCUUUCCUUUAUUGUUUUUUUAAUCUAAGGAGCUUCCUGAAUGCUUAAUUUUGUGUCAGUAAUUAGCUGCCAUCCGGUGUACAUGAUUCACGUUGUCAGUUUUGGCAUGUCAACUGUCAUUGUUUGAUUUUUAGGUCCCGAUGUGUUUUGAAAUGUCCCAAUUAAGGGCUGUUUGUCUACCACUCUAUCUGUUUGUCUACCACUCUAUCUAUCUAUCUAUCUAUCUAUCUAUCUAUCUAUCUAUCUAUCUAUCUAUCUAUCUAUCUAUCUAUCUAUCUAUCUAUCUAUCUAUCUGUCUGUCUGUCUGUCUGUCUGUCUGUCCGUCUAUCUAUCUAUCUAUCUAUCUAUCUAUCUAUCUAUCUAUCUAUCUAUCUAUCUAUCUAUCUAUCUAUCAUUCAAGAUAUCUAUAUCUAUAUAUGUCAGUCAGUUUGCCUGUCUGUAAGAUCAAUCGGUUUUUCUGUUUGAAUGAUUAUAUUUUAUAAAACUUGUGAUCUUAUACCAAAGUCUAUGAAAUAACAAAUUUAUUUAAUUAAAUCAAAGAAUUUAAUUUUCUUUACAAAAUGACUUUUUUAAAACCUUAUUUUUGUCCUGCUAUUAAUUUUUAUGUUGCCAAAUGCUAAAAUUCCAAUUUUUGAGAAAUGUGUGAAAUAUCCUUAAUUUUUUGAAAAAUCUGUAUUAAUGUUUUAUUUAUUCUAUUUUUGUGUAAAUAAGAAAUGAAAA